AUGUCAUCUAAUGACGAUAAAACACCCCAACAGCCUCAUGAAGAGGGCGAAGGGCAGCAAGAACAACAAGAGCAACCAUCAUCGCAAACUGGACAAGAACAAGAGCGACCAAAUGAGGGCGAGAGCGGUAACCAGGAUGGAGCGCAGCAGGACGAUAGUCAACGGAAGGACGAAGGGAAGGGCAAAGGCAACGCGAGCAACGGCGUAGGAGAAGGUGAAAAGAGCGACCAGGCAACUCCCCAGACUCAAUCGCAAACUGCAACCGAGAAGAAACCACAGACUAAGCCGACGCGCGCUGAAUCCGAGAAACCGAGUCGAUCAAGGCGGCGCCGCCGUAAUAAUCAACCCGCAUGGAUGGAGGAAAAUCAAGAUCGUGGUUACGAAAAGCAAAUGGCACCUCGUCAACAGCGCCAACCACCACCACAAUACCAACCACAUCAGCAGAUGCAGAUGCAGCCACAACCAAUGCAACAAUUUCAACCACAGCAACAACAAAAGGAAGGGGGGAAGAACUCGUUAAGUCUGAGAUUAGAUCUGAACCUCGAGGUAGAGGUGACAUUGAAGGCUCGGAUUCAUGGUGAUCUGACAUUAUCUCUCUUUGACGGUUAA